AUGUUUUCGACUUUUGCAACACAAGUCACCUUGGCACUUAUUCUAGGUGCUGCCAAUGCCUUUCCAAGCUCCAAUAAAAGCACAAAAUUUGACGCUCGCAUAUCUGUGCAGCCUGGCUACAUAAAUGUGGCUGUCGCAACAUUGUGGACCGACUCAAGCAAGCCACGCGCGAUAGACGAACCGGCCCUGGCAAACCCGGUGCAAAUUGAGAAAUGGCUCAACGAUAUGAACGUGACGGAGUACCGAGAUCUUACCAGUAAUAGCCGGACUCAGACGCAAGCACUGUAUGGCGCUCGUGUGGAUAUUCUCAACUAUGAAAGCGGAUGGUACGAGAUAGCCGUCCCCGGCGAGGCGACGCCAAAGAACAAUUUGGGAUAUCCUGGCUGGGUUCCUGCUUCACAGGUGUCGCUUGACCAGGGCUACGGCAAACUGCAAUCGAGCAAACCAUUUGCAACGAUCAACAAGGCCGCCACCGUUCCGCUCUACCGUGAUCCUAGCUUGACGUCGAAGCUCAUGGAAAUCGUCUACGACACAAGACUCCCAGUCCUAAAGAAGAGAGGAUCAGUCAUCGAAGUCGCAGUACCCGAUGGUGGCUCGGCUUAUUUGUUUGCCCACGAUACUACCAUCUAUAAAUCUGUGUCGGAAAUCCCUUACCCGACGAGCCUUGAUCUGAUCAACACAGCAAAGUUGUUCAUUGGCCUUCCUUAUCUCUGGGGAGGCAUGUCUGGAUUUGCCUUCGACUGCUCGGGUCUCACGCACACAAUUUAUCAUUCGCAUGGCAUUUCCAUUGGUCGUGAUGCUGAUGCGCAAGCUGACUUCACUGGUCAUGGCAUUCAAGUCACCAAGGCAGAUUUGCAACCAGCUGAUCUUAUGUUUUACGCGAGUAAUCUCAGCGAUCCUAACACAAUUUACCACGUUGCGAUGUAUAUUGGGGAAGGAGAAAUGGUGGAGGCAUAUGACGCAGGGACCCCAGUGAGAAUCACAACUGCUCGUUUUGGCGAACAAUAUUGGGGAGCAGAGCGGUUCCUCCAUUGA